AUGACGGAAAAGAUCUCCACUUUGGACCUCGAGUCCAAUAAACUCGAGUAUGAUCCUUGGCUGCUGGAGGAUCAUCCACUACGGUCGCAUCCGACUGAGUGUAUUCCCGGGUUGUCACCUUAUCUCUAUGGGAUUUACCAGUCGCUUUCGCUGAGCAAAGCUUUUGUACGAGCUGCAGCUCUUGUGCUCGGGUGUCUAGCCGCAUUCCAGUGCUUCCGCUUACUACCACUCAACCUCCCAAAGGAACUUCCGCAUACGGCUUCGGCAUCAUCAACCCAUACCCACGCCCAGCCUAGCGCAUGCACGUUUCCGACCCUAGACACACGACCCCAAGCUCUGAAGAAAGCACUAGAAGGCGGGUGCGACGGCCUCCGAACCGCCAUCUGGAUGUAUGACGGCGAGCUGCAGAUCGGUAAUGCCGUCGGCAGCCCUGAUCCCAAUGGAUUCCUUGACCGACUCGGUCUAGACCCUCUUCUGGCGAAACUCGACAAGGAGGCCGAGGAUUCACAAUCACCACUCAAUCCCGAAACCCCGGUUAUCUUCCAUGCCGAUCUGAGCCGGACUUUCCUUUUGAUGCUUGAUGCUAAGACGUCGCUUCACGAGUUGUAUCCUUUGCUUGUUGAGCAGCUCGAUCGUCUCCGGCAACGGGGGUACAUCUCUCAUUGGGAUGGGGAGAGUGUUGUUCAGCGCCCUGUGACUGUUGUUGUCACUGGGGAGGCGUUCCCUGAGAGUGACUGUGCGAGUCAUUCUUAUUCUGAUAUUUUCUGGUCGGCGUUGCCGGAAGGACGCUUUACCACCAGUGAUUUUACGAAGGAUGGCCUGCGGCAUUUGUCGCCCAUUUGUAUAGCAUGA